AUGCGCUCCAAGAGGGCCCACAACCCUGGGUGGGCAAACAGCAUCUACGAGCCGGGUGGUGCACAGCUGCCGAAAACCGGCAAGGACGGGAGCGGAGGCUGCUUGGGCCACAACGAGUUCAUCGUCUACGACCCGGCGCAGGUGAGGAUGCGAUACCUUGUGGAGCUCAACAACUUCGAGAGUCCCUCGGAGAAGCUGGCCCGUGAGAAGAAGGAGGCAGAGGCUCGGGGCGAGUCUCAUCCAGCCAAGAAGUUCAAGCCGCCAACGCCGCCACCACAAUCAGAGUCGGAGGAAGACGAGGAAGAGGAUGAGGAUUCGGACUGCUCUUAG